GUCAGCUUCAGAUGUGCUUUUUACUCGCUACAGCUGGCAGAACAAACUAGUCGUCGUAGCAAGACCCGUUUUGUGAAAUGACCGUGUGGUAUUAAGUUCCUUAAAUAUCAUUAAUCUUAACACUUCCAUGUGAUUGGCAGAACUGGAUAGUCUACGUUUAAAUAUUAGUUGUGAAAGUUUGUAGUUUUUCUCUUCCUGCACAAUGAGUCGGAGCGAGCACUCAUUGCAGGCGCUGUCUUGGAGGAAGCUUUACUUGAGUAGAGCUAAACUCAAGGCAUCAAGUAGAACCUCAGCCCUUCUGUCAGGGUUUGCUAUGGUGGCAAUGGUGGAAGUCCAGCUUGACAACACCUAUGACUACCACCCUGGCCUUCUGAUCGCGUUUAGUGCCUGCACCACUGUCCUGGUGGCCGUUCACUUGUUCGCCCUUAUGGUAAGCACCUGCAUUCUUCCUAACAUCGAGGCUGUGAGCAACGUGCACAAUCUGAACUGUGUGAAGGAGUCGCCUCACGAGCGCAUGCACCGCCACAUCGAGCUGGCCUGGGCCUUCUCCACUGUCAUCGGUACGCUGCUUUUCCUGGCCGAGGUCGUCCUACUCUGCUGGGUCAAGUUCCUGCCGGUGAGGCCUGAGAAGAGCAGGACACCAGGGACGCCAGCGACGGAACUGCGGAACGGCACCAUCAGCGCCGGCGUGUGGGCCGCCAUCACCUCCACGUCCAUCAUGGUGCCGUUCGGCCUGAUCUUCAUCGUGUUCGCCGUCCACUUCUACCGGUCGCUGGUCAGCCACAAGACUGACCGGCAGUUUGAAGAACUGGAAGAACUGGAGGAUCUGACGCGUCUGCAGAACGAGCUGGACAACAGAGGGGAUGUCUCCGCUCUCCAGUCCCCCACCUCUCAUUACCCCUGAGCAGGACGUGCGCCGCUGGGAUCGGAGGAGAGGAUGUUAUGAACCAUUCUCAUCCCUCCCUGUUUGCAUGGGCAUACUGUUGCCAGUUCAGCUCAUGCACUUUUAGUCUGAGGACGGUAUUAUGGUGUUCGAGAGCUUGUGUCUGUGGAAGGUUUAAAUUCUCUGUAAGGGGACAUGAUUGGCUAACAAGCACAAGUCUUCAAUUGUGAACAUUUCUGAAGAUCAGGUAUCAGUGAGAGUGGCAUCUGAAGUUGGUGGUCCACUUUAAACCAAAAUAUGUAAUCAUAAGGGUAGGCUACACUAACAGCAGGCUGCCCUGCUACAAUUAAACUUUAGGACCCUAAUUUAAAUGCUGGGCAAAGUUGUCUUGCAUGAGCCAAGGGCAUCAUGUGGUGUGAGAGAGCUUUUAGCUGAUCCACUACUGUUUGUGCUUAGGAUCUUUCUCAUGGUAUUACAUUUGCAAUUAUGUGUAGUUACUAGGCACUCUUUAGUAAGACUUUACACUGUGCACUUUGCCUAGUAUUUAAAUUAGGGCACUGAGACCUUAGGGUUUUACAUGAAGAAUAUGUAUUUAUAAUGGUGUUUCACCCUGGGCUGGGGACAAUCAAACAGAUCAUUUAAAAUAAUUUAUGUCAAUUUGGCAUAUAAGUCCAUAGUUUCCUACGCUGUUAACUUAAGAAAAAAAAAGCAGCUGCUGCUGUUGAUAUGAGCUCAUGCAUGUUUUGUGCAUGUAUUUGAAUUUUCUACACUGACUGAAUUAAUUGCACUGUAUACAUUUCAAUGAAGGUAAUGAUUUAAAAGUGGAAGAGACACUUGUUGGAGACUGAAUGUUCAGGGCAUUUACAGAUUUUCCUAGAGGUGCUGUAGCUGUUUUCAUCCGGACAUAUGUCUGAACCUGCUGUUCCUCUCGUACUGAGCAGGAUUACAAUUGCAACAUCAGAGUAAAACUACUCUCACGACGGUCUGAUCCCAGCACACAUUCCCUAUUAGAGGGUGAACAAUUCUGCUUUGCACAUGGUGUCUAAAAUGCCUUGUGUGAGCAAUGUGUAUUUAUUGCCAAGAAAGCCAGACAUUUCAUGCAUGAAGGAUAUUUUUAAAUGUAGGCUUAUUUUAUAGACUCUCAUUGGGUGAUAAUUCUGGACAUGUCAUAUCAGUAAAUACUGUAUUAGUGUGACACCCUAUUCUUACUGCUUGGUUUCUGCAGCGCAGAAGCCUGAACAUAGUGUGCCUCAUUUUAAAUCAUUGACAUAACUACUCCCCAUUUGUAUUCAAAAAUUAUGUUGGUAUUAUAAGACCUUGCUAAUUGCAUCUUGAUUGUGAUUUUAAUUGUUAACUGUGAAAUCCUCAGUGUUCUGAAGUUGUUUGUAGUGGUUCUGAAUUUCUUUUGAAGUUUAUAAGCUCAUGAAGAUUUAAUGCCACACGCACUUUGCCAGUAGCAGGCAUACAUAUAGAUGAUUAUGUUCUUGUGACCAUUAAUGUAGGUAUUUAUACCAUUUCACAAAAUAUGUAAAUGUUGAACAUUUAUGAAUGACUGACUAUUGUAUAAAAUGAUUUUGUGAAUUUUGUUGUCAAAUGUUAAUCAAUAGUUGUAUGUUUUCAACUGAAUUUUUAUAAAUUGGCAUUUUAGUUAUGAA